AUGCAUAGGAGUAUUCUGAUGGAUUUGAGCAUGGCCACUGAUGAGAAGACUUUACUUGAGAAGUUGAAGGCCCUAUACUCGAACUUGGAAGGCCUUCCUCCUGAUCGAAUUAUUCCAACUGUGGGACUCAAUAUUGAUCGUGUUGAAUUGUCAAAUACAAAACUUGUGUUCUGGGACCUGGGAGGUCAGUCCGGUCUUCAUUCAAUUUGGGAGAAAUAUUAUGAAGAGGCACAUGCUGUGGUAUAUGUAAUUGACGCUUCUUGCCCAUCAUGUUUUGAAGAUUCAAAAUCAGCACUGGCUCUUUGUUAUGCAAAUAUUGAAAGGCAGCAAGCAACCUCACCAUCUGUUAUCGUCAAAGGUGCCGGGAUGAAGAAUAAGAUCAGGCCAAGAGGAAGAAAGUAUGGAGCUCUAAAGGUGGCCUUGGUGAACCUAAUACUUUUCAAGAAAUUACGUCUAAGAAGGCACAUUUUAAAAAGGCAACGAUGGAUCAGUCCAGCUCCGUAAACCAACCAUUUAGGAGAUGAAGAAAUACAAUACACAUGAAUGGUUGAGGAAGGUUUACCACCUGUUUCCCUGCUGUUAUACGUCUAUGUGGUUGACCAUUGCAAUGUUGUGCUGAUCUGGGGCAGUCUUGUUGAGGGUUCUCCAUUUGGUUGUAUUUUUACAUCAAUUUUGGGAUGUUCAUUUAUAUUUGCAUCUCACAUUUGUGAAGAUUAUACUAAUGCUGAACGGCACAAAAACCGCAUAACAUGAGGGUUACUUAAGUAAUGGAACUGACACAACUGCACAUCACAAGUAUAAUCUGAAUACGUAAGACAAUUUGAUCAUGGAACUCCUUAGUUUAAAACCCUUUUGAGCAUGCACCUCUUGCAUAUUGGCAAAAAAUCAGG